CGGACAAACGUCGCGCUCAUUCCCCGCCAACCAUACCGUAAAAAUGGCCCUGACUUCAGUUUCCCGGAAGAGGCGACGAGCAAAACACAAGCGAGGGCGGAGGGGGCGGAGACAGAACGCUCAGCAGCAGCCAGGGGCUGCAGUCGCUACAAGUGUCGACUGGUCUGGACUCCCCAUUUGGCAAAGUUGGUGUCAUUCUGCCCAUCUGAUCGGCAUCCGGCUGGGAGCUGUUACGCAAAGCCAGGCAGGCGCCUUUGCUCCUGGUGAAUAAAGCACACAGGAAUGAAAAUGGCUUCCCCCAGAAUAGGGGUGCGUUUGGCCGCUUGCUUGCUAAAUAUUUCAGAAGGAAGAAAAAGGGACGUUGUCGAGAAAGUAGCAAAAGCUGCUCUUUGUCAGGAUAAUGGUCAGGAGCAUCCGCAAAUAACCGUGCUUAAUGUAUUUUCAGACUAUGACUAUAACAGGUCUGUCAUAACAAUAGCAGCUCCGGUUGACAAGCUUGCAGAUGGUGUCAUUUCUGCCUGCACAGAGGCUUUCCAGUCCAUUGAUAUGGCUGCACAUGUUGGAAUCCAUCCUUGCCUCGGUGCUGUCGACUUGGUGCCCAUUUACCCGUUGUCAAAUGUUGGUGUGCAAGAGUGUGGAACAGUGGCUCGAAAUAUAGCAGAGCACCUGAGUCUUUGUGUUCCUGGAUGCAGCAUAUUUCUUUUUGGGCAAGCUGACCUCCCAAACAGACAGAGUCUUGUUCAAAGGAGAAAGCAGCUGAACUGGUUUAACCGUAGAGUUCUCAGUGCGGCCAGAGUUGUCGCUGAUGUGGGAUCUGCACCUACCUCAAGAUAUGGCCUGACAGGUGUUGGAGCCAGUCCAUAUGUGAUGAAUUGCAACGUGACAGUAGAUACUCAAGACUUGGGUACAGCAAAGAAGAUAGCCCGUUCCAUCCGGGGAAGUAGCGCAGGUGGCUUGAAAGGUGUGCAGUCCAUGGCUUUCCGACACAACGGGCAAAUUGAAAUAGCAUGUAACGUGGAAAGCUUUGAUGAUCCCGGCAACCCCUUGGCUACAUAUGAAGGGUCAGAAUACGUUUCAUACUGCAUUCUUGGGAAAACGUACUACUAUGUAUCACCUCAGAUUAUAGAAGCCUCUAUCAAGAAGCUGGCCAGAGACCAUGGAAUAAACACAGUUGGGGCUGCCCUGGUUGGGUUUACCCCAGAGGAAUGUAUGCGCUGUGCUGCCUACGCAUUAACAAAGGGUGUUGGUGAAUUUUGGAGAAUUAGGGACGGUGUUUUCAUGUGAUAGCUCUUUUGUUUGUUUACAUUUAACCCCUUCAUAAUUCCAAGGCAAUUUGAGGAAGGCAGAUGAAGUGACAAAUGUACACUGUCUGGAAGAUCACAUGCAUGUCUAUGUACUGUAGGUUGUCUCUUUUAAUAUGGCCAGUGAAUGAUGCUGUGUUCUGCCCCAUCCUAUCUGAUCUUGGUUGUGUGUGCAUGUGUGUGUUUCUGGAAUCCAGAGAAAUACAAAUACAAACCAAUGGCUUAGUGACUAAUUGAGACCAUUUGUCACUAGUGGUGUGCACUGAACUGGUGACUGCUGGUUCGAAGGAGGGGAGAUAGCUUUAAGGACCGUGGAGGGUUCUCUCACUCCCGCUCAUUUCCCCCACCGGCGCUGUCAUUAAAAUUGGUCCCGUGGGGUGGCAGUAUACCUCCUUUCCGCCCCGGUAUGUCAUGGACCGGAAGUGUCCGUUGCACAUGCGCACGUAAAAGGGCUUCCGAACUGGUUCCAUGUCACCUAACAAAUAAUUAUAUUUGUCACCAUUGGACAAAUGUCAGCAUUUGUCACUAUAAUACAUCUACUAUAUUAACUGAGAGUUUUUAGAACGAGAAUGUCCUAUAUCAAGAAUCGCCCAUUCCACUAUUCGAUAUGUGGGAAGAUGUUGUGCUGACUACAUCUUCCUAUCUGGCAAGGUAAUGAUGCAUGAGCAACUAGUGGUGACUGUGAAUUAGGUGAGCCUGACCACUGAGCAAGAAUAGGCAGCCUAGAGCAACCUGCAGAACAGGAGUAGUGAUGGCUACUCUGUCUUUUGCCUAUUUUUGGCCCUCCUGCCAAUUUUUUUGGGGGGAAAUGCAAUGGUAUUGAACAUGUUUGUGAAUGUGUGUGUAUUCAGAUAAUGUCUGUGAAAUCUUUGAAACCAGAGUUGGUGAUGAGUGCUGGUUCAGAGCUUGAAUUGCAGUGGGUGGGCAGAGGGGACCUGGCCCCCUUACCUUUUGAGCCAGGCCUCUUAGUUACAUAGGAGCCAUGGCUUGAACAAAAAUGGGGGGAGUCAGGGGAUGGAAGCCCCCUCAGCAAACUUCCCUCCAUGGGCCCCCUCCUACCUCGGGGGCCCUGUCCCCAGGCUCAUAGUGGGGCCUAGCUUGAGAGAAAGGAGGCAGCAAUGAAGCAACUUUGUUGACUGAGGCAGUCACUCUACUGUUGUGGCCACCCUGGUUACCACAUUGGACCCAGAGUUAUCAAUCCAAAAUUAUGUUAAAUCAAGGCGUGUGUCUGAUUCUACUUUAUUAAGAAAUCAAUUGAUGUCUGAACUCUGAGUGAACUAAACUAUCAUAUGAGACAGGCAAGAUGAUCUCAAAGCAGCAUUCGAUUCCAUCUCACGUGUCAAAUUAUGGGAGAAGUUGGAAGCCUCCUCCAUUGACCGGCGCCUGCUAUACCUUCUUCACACCUACACAUCAGAUGUAGACCCCAAGGCCACCUCACAAGAGCUGUUACAAUUCAGAAGGGCGUCAAACAAGGAUGCAUUUUGGCCCCACUCCUCUUCAAUUUCUACUUUAUGGUGGGCCAGCUCAGCAAACCAGAUUUCCACCCUCCAAAGCUCACUGGGAGACACAUUGCCAUCCUGUUAUAUGCGGAUGAUGCAGCCAUCCUCUCAAGGACCCCCAUUGGCCUUAGAAGAGCACUGAGGGCCCUGAUGCUGCACUGCAGGGAGGACUGCCUGGAAAUCAACUAUCACAAAACUAAAAAUAUGGCCUUCACCACUCUUGGUGGUUUGAGAAGCCACCUCAGACAUGGCCAGUCAGUAAGCUUUGUCCAACAAAGCAGAGCUGCUCAUUCCUGAACUUGUUGCUAAAACCGUGAGGCUGAAGCAAAAGUUCUUCCUAGAGAAGAAAUUACUGGUGAUCCUACCACGGGGCUAGAGAUCAGAGCAAUAUCCAGCAUGAAUGCCUGACGCCUGCCUGAACUCCGCUCCCAAGCUAUGCACACUUGCUGUUCCAUGCCAGGAUCUGGUAAUUAUGCUGCUUCUACAGCCUCGCUCCCCGCUCCCCUCCCUCCACUAACUCCUGACUCGCCUUACCUACCUUCCUCUUUCCGUCAAUCUCUGAUAUGUGUUAGGUUUUAGAAAGAUUUAAUACUGACCCGUGCAUGCAUACACACACACAUGAUAGUUGAGAACACUGCUUUGUUAUUACUAGUAGCUAUAAUUGAUUACUUCUGUUUCUUGCUGCGUUAGAUUGAUGCCGUUGCUCUGACAAUCUUGUAUACUCAAUAAAGCCCAUUGAAUUA